CCCUACCAGCCCCACCAGCCCCACCAGCCCUACAAGCCCUACCAGCCCUACAAGCCCCACCAGCCCUACCAGCCCUACCAGCCCUACAAGCCCCACCAGGCCUACAAGCCCUACCAGCCCUACAAGCCCCACCAGGCCUACAAGCCCUACCAGCCCUACCAGCCCUACCAGCCCCACCAGCCCCACCAGCCCUACCAGGCCUACCGGCCCUACAAGCCCCACCAGCCCUACCAGCCCUACCUGCCCUACCAGCCCUACAAGGCCCACCAGCCCUACCAGCCCUACCAGCCCUACAAGCCCUACAAGCCCUACCAGCCCUACCAGCCCUACCAGCACUACCAGCCCUACCAGCCCCACCAGCCUUACCAGCCCCACCAGCCCUACAAGCCCUACCAGCCCUACCAGCCAUACCAGCCCUAG